AUGGAGAAUCGUGCCCCUAUUAUUGACCAAAUCCCUGCGGUCAUCAGAAACUUCCUGAAUGAACAUGAUCCUUCGACAUCAAUUCCCGCAACCAGGAUUUUAGGCGACACACCAAACAGUAUUAUUGAUCACAGCGAUUUUGCUGGUUCAAUCAAGACGAUUAUCGAAGCCGUCAAAGACAUCAUUGCUACUUGCCGCCCAGACACCAAAGUUCGCUGGAUUGCUAUCACCAAAUUUGAGGGGCGCCAUUCCUUUUUUGUGCUUGACCUCAACAAUAGUGAAUAUGUGUAUGAGUAUGCUCAUAUACAACGAAAGAAAAUCCCUGUUUACGUCCUUCGACUAUCUAAAGCGCCCAAAAUUUUCAGAUAUGAGCGGCAAGAUCAAAUACUUGCCGAGAAACUUGCGGAGAUGCACAACUUACAUGGCAAUGACCCACUUCCUUUGUUUGACGAUCACACCAAACAUCUAGUCUACCCCUCACCCCGUGACCUGCUGUAUUGA